CACAUAAAUACAUAAACACAUUAUUACUUCAAAUGAGAUAGAGAACAUGUCAAUAUUAUUUGUCCUAAUAAUUGUGAAACCUCAAAUAGAAGAUAAAGAUAACAUCAAUCCAAUCAUAAUUGAUGAAGAAAUGUUAGAAGAGAUAGAAUAUUUCAUGUAUAUGGGUGAUAGUAUUAUCGAUGAACAAUGACGAUCUGAUAUAAAUGUGUAAAGUUGAAGAAUAUAUAUUGAGAACUUAAAACAAUUGUCUGUUAAUCAAUGUCAAAGUUAUAAUCUUCAAUACGAAUGUCAAGACAGUUAGUUGAAACUUGGAGAACUACUACAACCAUCAUCAUCAUAAAAGUACAAGUAUUUAUAAACAAUUAUCUACUGAAGAUACUCAAUAUCCGUUGAUCGGACAUCAUUAGCAAAAGCCUAUUGUAAAAGAGAACAAAUCAACUUUAUCUGAAGAGGAAAUUAAGGAAAGAAGUUGGAUUGUGGAAAUCAUUAAACUGCAUCAUAAGCGUUCACUUGGAAUCUUGAAAGGAAACGGAAAAGAGGAAGGUCAAAGAACACACUAUGUUAAGAAUCGAAAGCAGAUAUCAAUAGGAUGAAAAACAACUGGAAAGUAUUGUUCAGAACAGAGUUGGAUAGAGAAUGUUGAUGAGCAACCUAUACUCCUCCAUGAGAGAUAACAAGAAUUCUGUGAAAUUCAAUGUUCAAUUUGAGCAUCAAUGUCUCAUGGAAAUGUAUAUUAAUCUACGUAAACCAAAAGUGUUCAGAGGAGAUGAUAACAAAAAUGAAACUACUUUUUAAAUGAUCAACCUGAAAUUGAAUAAGAUCAUGAAGAUGUCAGCAUUUGUGGGGAAGCAUGAGGUACAGUGGACAGCUUGGAUGCAGCUGGACGAUCUACACUUUGCAGAUGAUAUGGCUAUUAUAUCGCACACGCAACAAUAAACGCAGGAGAAGACAACCAGUGUAACAGCAUCCUCGGCAGCAGUCGGUUUCAACAUACACAAAGUGAAAAACUAGAUUUUUCGAUACAACACAACAUGAACCAAUCGAAUCACACUUGAUGGAGAGGCUGUGAAAGAUGUAAAAGCAUUUACAUAUCUGGACAGCAUCAUUGAUCACCACAGUGGAUCUCAUACAGAUAUGAAAAUGCGGAUCGGCAAAGCAAGAGCAGCAUAUCUACAACUGAAGAACAUCUGGAACUCAAAACAACUAUCACCCAACACCAAGAUCAGGAUUUUUAAUACAAAUAUCAAGAAAGUUCUACUGUAUGAGGCGUAAACUUCGAGAACUACGAAAGCAAUCAUCCAGAAGUUACAAGUGUUUAUUAACAAUUGUCUACACAAAAUACUUCGGAUCCGUUGAUCAGACACUAUCAACAACAACUUACUGUGGAAGAGAACAAACCAGAUUGUAGCAGAGGAAGAAAUCAGGAGGAAUCGUUGGAAGUGGAUAGAACACAUAUUGAGGAAAGCACCCAACUGCGUCACAAGGGAAGUCCUCACAUGAUGUCCUCAUGGUCAAAGGAGAAAAGGAAUACGAAAGAACACAUUAUUUUGAGAAAUUGAGACAGAAAUGAGAAGAAUGAACAAGAAUUGGAUAGAACUAGAAAGGAAGGCCGAGGACAGAGUGGGUUGUAGAAUGCUGUUGAAUGGCCCAUGUUCCAUUGGGAGUAACAGGCGCAAAUUUUAUAUACUAUGUCUAUAUUUUUACGGAUUAAACGUCCAAAUACUGAUUGUCCUAGUCAAAUCUGUGAAGCACAAAAUCUUAUAAAACGUCCUAAAGCUGACUUACAAUCAAUUCAAUUUAAAUAUAUCGGUAGUCAAACUUCAAAUUGCUCAUUAAUUGGCAAGAUCGACAAAGUAUAUACUUCCUCCGAAAAGUUAUGUAAGAUUAUAUGUAACACUUCAGAUGCUACUGUUGUCGGAGAAAAUCAAACAGUCAAGUGUCAGGAAUUAUCUAUAGUUUGUAAUUUAUCAAGAAAAAUAGUCUUUUCGAAUAGACUAAAAGAUCAAAGUGAAUAAUCUAAAACGUCCUGCUAUUACUGCUGAAAUUUUCAAUGAUUUCAAUAAUCUUAAUAUUGAUUCAUCCAAAGUAUCUAUUGGUCCAAAUCCUCCAAAAAUUUUCAAAAUUAUUGAAUUAACCCCUGAAUCAACUAAUGAAUCAAAUGUAUUACCAAAAUUAACUGAAACGAAUCAUUCAAAUGAUGAUAUACAUCAAACGAAUUUCAUUUAUGAUAUAUACAAAAUGAUAUCACCAUCCUCAUCAUCCUCCUCAUUAUCGG